UUGUCUCCCAUUAUUUAUGGUUCUCGGAAUCGCGGAAGAUUAUCACUGAAUGAUCCCUGAUAUUUAAUAGAUUUAGAAGACAUGUUUUGUGAAUAAUUAAUGCUGACAGAAGAACAAGCAUCUGGCUAAUUGCCUAGUUGUUGUAUACAAUAUGUCCAGCGCUCCCAAGACAUGUGGGCAGACGUCACCAGUAACAAAUAAAUAUGUUGAACUGAAUGAUGAUAUAUUGAUCCAGAUUUUGUCCCAUCUUCCUCUACGUGAUUUAAUAACCAAUAUACCUCUCGUUGAUAAAAGAUUUAAUGGAUUUGUUCAACAGAACAUGUUGUGGGAAAUGAAGUGUCGAAAUGGUGGCAUCUCCACACAAAAUGUCUUACAUCCAAUUCCAGACACGUACAAGGAACUUUACUUUAAUGAAACAUAUGGACAGAAUCUUAUCAAGAAUUGUUGUGCCACAGAGAAGUUUGAACACUGGACUAUAGAUAAAGAUGGAGGCGAUGGUUUUCAUGUUGAAGUAUCACCUCGAGGUGCUAGUCCGAUACCACCUAAAGCUUUUGAAGAAUCUGGUGAACCAAUUAUAAAGAACUGGGUAACAUCUUAUCAAUGGUGUAAAAAAUCUCAAGUAGUAAAUUUAAUGGAGUCAGAUUUUGCUGUUUUGAUGGACAUGUAUCAACCAGAUAUACUUGUAUCAGUUUGGCUUUGUGGUAGAUUUGACUGUGGCAGUGAAUAUAAGUUAAAAAUCCAGUUACUAGAUAAAUCUAAAUCAGUUAUAGAUGAACACAUGAUUCAUGAAGAUAUACCAUCUGGCCGUAAAUGGAAAAAGUUAGCCUUCCCGAUUUCUCAAUAUGGUAAAGGUGUUCGGUAUUUAAGAUGGUCUCAUUCUGGUAAAGAUACUCGAUUCUGGGCUGGACGUUAUGGGGCCAAGUUUACACUUUGUAUCUUGCGUUUAAAGUUUUCAUUUACAACCUCCAAUACAUAAAAACAGUCAAUUUUACAAGUCUUCUUCGUGACAAGGAGUAUGGUUGCCUGUCCAACCUUGUGGUUUUUCUCCGGGUCCUCCGGUUUCCUCCCACAGCUAAAGAACCCUACGCGCAAACAAAUUAUUGAAAUAAAAUUGAACCAUGUGUUUGUCCCGAGUGGAGUGGACGUUAAACCCCAUUUCUCUCUUGCUCUCUCGCAAGUCUUCUUGAUUUACCACCUCCAAUAAAUGGAAACAUGUAAUUUGUACUUGGUGAGCUAAUGUGAUACAGUUUGUGAUACUCAAGAGUGACUCCAGAAUGUUUUGAUUGGUCAAUACUCAAUAAUAAUGUAAAUGCUCCACCCAGUCAAUUAAUUUGUGAAAUCUCAAAAAUAACCCCUGAACUUGAUAAAUGUGCCAGUGGUAUAGAAACUAGUCUUUACAACAGUGAACAGAUCCUAGCUAGCCACCAUACAUUACUUAAAAUAAUGUGUUGUUUUUGCUCAAUAUCCUAUUUCUCAAUGUCUCAAAAAGUUGUGUUAAACUUUCAGUCUUUAAGACAAAUUAAUCUGAUUGGAAUCAGAUAUCAGUUGCAUUUUAUUUCUAAUGUUGUUAUAUUGCAUCAGUAUUUGACAUAUUUUUUUUGUAAACAAUGUUCAGAUCAUGUGAAUUUAUUGAUCAAUCAAAUUGUCUAGAUCCAAGGUUAGCUUUGAGGUUAUUUUGCGCUAGCCCUGUUUACAUCUUUUGACCUUUGACCAAAUCUGGAGGUGACCUUAAGAAAUAAAUCUAACUGGAUUGAACCUAGAACCUCCUGGUUAGUAAGCCGGUGACAUAUUCGUCAAGCCAUAGCAGCUCCUGACAAUCAAAGUACUUUGAUAAUUGCUUUGUAGCUUUAAAACUAUUUGUUAUUUUUUUAAAAAAAUAUUUAUUUUCUACUGUAUUGUAUUAUUAAUUUUGUAAAUAAAAAUAUAUAUUAUU